AUGAUUUUUUCACGGACUGUCGCGCGGCUGCGCGGCUUUCCAGCUAGAAGACCAGCCUCCGGACUACGGCGUCUUUCGCAGAAAGCUGCUGAAUUCGCCGGGAGCAAGUUUUUCCAGGUUGCGGAGGAGGUCCGGGAUGCCGUGGCCACGGGGAAACCUGUAGUGGCGUUGGAAACGACGAUCUAUACGCAUGGCUUUCCAUACCCCGACAAUGUCGCCCUCGCAUCGCUGCUGGAAUCGGUUGUCCGCACCAAUGGCGGCGUCCCCGCGACUAUCGCGGUAUUCAAUGGCGUAGCUCGAGUGGGAUUGGGAGCUGAAGAGAUCAUCGAAUUGGCCUCGACAGCCAAGACGAAGUCGGCAUUGAAGGUUUCCCGUCGAGACCUUGGCUACAUCUGUGGUCUGGGAAUGGCAGGCAAACGCAUCCAUGGUGGCACCACCGUCUCAGGCACGAUGAUCCUUGCUCAUCUGGCUGGCAUCAAAGUCUUUGGAACCGGUGGACUCGGCGGCGUGCACCGUGGAGGAGAAAGCACCAUGGACAUCUCAGCCGAUCUUACGGAGCUGGGACGAACUCCCGUGGCCGUGGUCAGUUCCGGAUGCAAGAGCUUCUUGGACAUUCCACGCACUCUCGAGUAUCUCGAAACUGAAGGAGUCUUGGUCGGCACCUUUGCCGAUGGACGGACAGGCCCCGUAGACUUCCCAGCAUUCUUUUCGAGGGACAGUGGUGUAAAGAGUCCAAAGGUGAUCCAGGACGAGGCGGAGGCUGCCGCCAUCAUCUGUGAGUCCGAUCUAAUCGUCAUUCAUCAUUUGAUACAGCUUUUUACUAACGGGACGCCGUCAACAGUCGCCCAGUCUCAGCUCCCCCUAUCAUCAGGGAUCCAUUUUGCGAACCCUGUGCCGGAGCAGCAUUCGAUUCCCAAGUCUGAAAUGGACGAGGUGAUCAAAGAGGCACUUCGACUUGCUGAUGUCGAAGGGUUCCACGGAAGCGACAAUACGCCUUUCGUCCUCAGCAAAAUAAAAGAACUUACUGGCGGAAAGAGUGUUGCUGCCAAUCGAGCUCUAGUUGAAUCCAACGUGAGGAGGGCAACUAGAGUUGCCGUGGAGCUGGCUAAACUUGAGCAGGCACACGGCGGGCAGAUUGAUCGGCGAAUGCCAGUGAGUUCUGGAGCAGUAUCUGACCCCUCUGCGUCAAGUCCGCCCCCAUUGCAGCAUGACAAUAAGGUAGAAACUCCAGUGUCAUCCACUGAGUCGCAGAAACGCGUGGAAAAGGCAGAUGUCCUGGUUGCAGGGUCUCUUGCAAUCGACUUCUCCUGUGACUACGCCCCCUUGGGUGACCGGAGGAAAGAGAUAUCACCAUUUCCACACACCUCCAAUCCAGCCAUCAUUGGACAAAGCUUGGGUGGUGUAGGACAUAACGUCGCCCUUGCUGCACGCUACGCUGGCAGCUCUGUUCUUUUCUGCAGCGCAGUGGCAGACGACCUGAGCGGCCGGGCUGCCCUUUCGGCUCUUGAGAAAGAGAACUUGAGUACAAAAGGCGUCCAGACAUUGCCACCAUCAUUGGGAGUGAGAACGGCACAGUAUGUCGCUGUAAAUGACGCGAAGAAAGACUUGGUCGUUGCCAUGGCAGAUAUGGGCAUUAUGGAGCUCCCUGAGCAUGACUUCAACUUCGAUAAUUUCUGGGAUCCGAUCCUGGCCCGGACCAAGCCAAAUUGGGUCGUGGUAGAUGCGAACUGGAGCGCGGGAGUUUUGGCGAAAUGGAUUUCUUGCGCCAAAUACCAUGGCGCUCGGGUGGCUUUUGAGCCUGUAUCGACCGCCAAAUCGACGAGAAUCUUCAGCAAAGACAGAUCAGGCGGCGCAGUAAUUGGACCAUCAGACACGGUUCCCAACCAUAAAUUGAAUCUCGCGGCUCCAAACAGGCUGGAACUGGCGUCGAUGUACACGACGGCUCGCGAGAAUGGACUUUUCGACUCUUCCGGGUGGUGGAACGUCAUCGACGCGCUGGGCAUGUCGAGCUCUGGGUCCCGAGAUCGGCUGAUCUCCAUUACGUCCAAGGCCAUCGUCGACGAGGGCCUUCCGCAGCAGAGCAUCCAGCUGCUGCCAUUUAUCCCAUGCAUUCUGACCAAGCUGGGGCCGCAGGGAGUGUUACUCACGCAGUUGCUCCAGCCCAACGAUCCCCGGUUGACCUCUGCUGACUCCGCGCCCUACAUCCUGUCUCGAGCAACUGACAACAGUCUCAUUGGAGGGGUCUAUAUGAGGCUGUUCCCUCCGGAAACCGUUCUGGCAGACAAAGACGUUGUCAGCGUGAACGGCGCGGGAGACACGCUGCUGGGGGUCGUCAUGGCCGGACUGGCGAUGAAGUCAGAAACGAAACAAGUAAAGAGACUUGAAGACAUUAUACCCGUUGCCCAGAAAGCUAGCCUGAAGACACUUCAAAGCCCUGACAGUGUGAGCGUCGAUAUCCGAGGCUUGAGAACGCUAUUGGAAUAA